ACUAACAAAUAGUUUGGCUAACAAAUCUCAAAGAGCAUGUGGGCAGAAUCCAAUCUCAACGUGAAAGGCAUAGCCAGCCAUGGUUCGGGCCCAAUUACCUGCUGCUGCGGUGCUCCCCUGGCUCGUUGCAUUCAAUCGAGACAACUACCAGUCAAUCCAGAAAUAAAUAAUAAUAAAAUGCAGCAAACAAAGCAAAGGAAAAGAGCCGAAGAGAAUCCAACCAACAACAGAAAACAGCAAAUACAACGACUGGGGAAAACAAAAUGUCGUCGGAUUCUGGCUUAUCUCCAUCUUCCGCUGAUGACUCCACCGACCUAAACCCUAAUUCUGAUCCCAAAGUGGUUGAUGAACGGUUCGGUUUGUUGACAUUGACUGAACCGGUCGAAUUGGAACCUAAUCAUCGUGGAAAUGGGAAUGAAAUCGGGAUUGGAUCGUUGAAUCCGGAAAGAAACACCGGCGACGAAGGUGACGAUGGAUUAGGGGCGGAGAAUCAGGAAAUCAUUGGUGAUGAAGGGCCUUCAAGUCCCGGCAGUAGCGGAUAUGCUGGUGAGAGAGGGAGCAGCAGUGCCACGAGCGCGUCGAGGAUCGAUGAAGCGAGUGAGAUUGACAAUAAUGAGAUUCAGGAAGUGAGGAACGAUGGUUCCUUCGAAGGAAUCUCCGAUUCUCAGGCCUCCUCCUGGGUUCCUGGUAAACGCCACGUCGAUGAGGAUGAUGCUUCGAUAUCAUGGAGAAAGAGGAAGAAGCACUUCUUUAUUUUGAGUAAUUCUGGCAAACCAAUAUAUUCCAGAUAUGGAGAUGAACACAAGCUAGCUGGUUUUUCAGCAACAUUACAAGCCAUUAUUUCCUUUGUGGAGAAUGGUGGAGAUCGUGUCAAACUGGUGAGGGCUGGAAAACACCAGGUGGUGUUUCUUGUGAAGGGCCCAAUUUAUUUAGUUUGCAUAAGCUGUACGGAGGAGCCCUUUGAAUCAUUAAAAGGACAAUUGGAGCUUAUUUAUGGUCAGAUGAUACUUAUCUUAACAAAGUCCAUAAAUAGGUGCUUUGAAAAGAAUCCUAAGUUUGAUAUGACACCUUUGCUUGGAGGAACAGAUGUUGUUUUCUCUUCCCUUAUCCACUCCUUCAGUUGGAACCCGGCUACAUUUCUUCAUGCAUACACUUGUCUUCCCCUUGCUUAUGCAACAAGGCAAGCAGCAGGUGCUAUAUUGCAAGAUGUUGCUGAUUCUGGGGUACUAUUUGCAAUACUAAUGUGUAAACACAAGGUUAUCAGUCUUGUUGGUGCGCAAAAGGCCUCUCUUCAUCCUGAUGAUAUGUUGCUACUUUCAAACUUCGUGAUGUCAUUGGAGUCACUUAGGACGUCAGAAUCAUUCUCACCAAUUUGCUUACCAAGAUAUAAUCCUAUGGCGUUUUUGUAUGCUUAUCUGCAUUUUCUUGAUGUCGAUACAUACUUGAUGUUGCUUACUACCAGUUCAGAUGCCUUCUAUCACCUUAAAGAUUGCAGGAUUCGCAUAGAAAUGGUCCUCUUGAAGUCCAAUGUUCUUAGUGAAGUUCAGAGAUCAAUGAUAGAUGGUGGAAUGCGUGUUGAGGAUUUGCCUAUCGACCCAUUGCCUCGAUCCGGAUCAUCUCCACAUCUAGGCCAGCAAAGACUUCCAACAGAUUCUCCUGAGAGGCCUAGGGAACCAUUUAUUGGCAUUGGUGGUCCUGCUGGACUUUGGCAUUUCAUUUAUCGUAGUAUAUAUCUGGAUCAAUAUGUAUCCUCUGAGUUCUCACCACCACUUACCAGUCUGCAGCAACAGAAAAGGUUAUAUAGAGCUUAUCAGAGACUGUAUGCUUCCAUGCAUGAUAAAGGAAUUGGGCCUCAUAAAACUCAGUUUAGAAGAGAUGAAAACUAUGUUUUACUGUGCUGGGUCACACAGGAUUUUGAACUCUAUGCGGCAUUUGAUCCCCUUGCAGACAAGGCUCUAGCCAUAAAGACUUGCAACCAGGUUUGUCAAUGGGUAAAAGAUGUGGAAAAUGAGAUUUUUUUGCAGGGAGCAAGUCCCUUUUCAUGGUGAUAACUGAUAAGUCAAAUCAUGUAAUACAGAAUGUACUCUAGUUUUUGUUUAUUCACACUCCUAAUAGUAAUUUUUGCACCUCAUACACGUUAGAUAUUCAUGAUACCCCUAGUUAACUGGCCAAUUGUAUGAUUCACCUUCUAAAGAUUAGCUCUUCACCUUACAACUGCUCCAUGACAAUUUAUUUUGUUUCUAUUUCUUUUUUUCAUGUUUGAGCCAUACUUUAUUUUCUUUUCCCUCUUCAUAAAAUUUUGCUCUGCUUCUUUCUCAUGGAAAUCCCUUUGAAAGUGCCAUCUGAAGUCAUGUAAAUUUAAGAAUGCUUCAACUAAUAUCUUCCUAAUAGCACUUCAGCAGUACAGCUACUGUUUCUUUAUUCUUUAGGCAGAGCCUGUCUGAAUGGAAUGCUUAAUGUGAUAUCAGAAGUUUAAAAAUCUCUAAUGUGAUAUUUGGAGUGUUAUUUGUCUGUCUCGUGUAAUCAUUUGAGUUAAUCAUGUUAAGGUGAGUAUUACAUUAAUUAAUAGAUUCAUAUUUCAUGUUUUAGAGACUUUUAAAUCCGAGGUAUCAUAUUAAAUAUUUUACUAUAUUUUAGAAGUUAUUCAUAACAUUAACCCAGAACUAUAUUGUUGUCUUGUUUGAACUGAGAAAUUAGACAUUAUCCAAAGGUUCAGUCACAUUCUAUUUUUGUCUGUUGUAAGAGAAAAUGUAUACUAUCUAUCUAUUUACCUAGUCUGGUCUGAGUGAGUUUGAGUUGCAGUUAUGAAUCUAGCUAGCUAGCAUUAAAACCAAAGCAGGGUGCAUUAAGCUUUGUACCUAAAGGUAAUUAAGAGGCGUGUGAAAGGUUCCUCAUGGAAGCAGUGAAGGAGAUAAAACCAAGAGGGUUUUCAUUGGAGCAAUGGUCAUUCUGUGAAAUGAAUUUAUUGAAGUUCAGUAGUACUGUCUGCAAAUUUAGAAUGCCGAAUCUUUUGUCUGUCUCUAUACCCAUGUUUAUUUUUUUACCAUCCAUUUCAUGAAAAGAAGUAAAAAUUUUUUCCAUGCCUUGCAUUUAUUAUUAUUAUUAGGUUGGUUUUGCUGCCCUUCAUGUUUAUUCAUUUUCUACAGUAAAAUUCUUUGGACCUGUUUGGUCAACACUUUCUUUCUUUUUUUUUUUUUUUUUUUUUUUAUAACUUUUUACCUUUCUAAAAUGUGCUUUUCUAUUUCCUUGAUGGGGUUUUGUUAGAUUUUGGAUUGAUCCAUAAUAUUCUUGCCAUUGAAUGUCAAAACCCUUUUUUUUUAACCUUUAUACUUGCUAAAAGUAAAAAUUUUAUUUUUUCCUUGAUUGGAUCAGGUAAAAAUGCAAAGAGUUUAAUACUUUGUCAAAAAGAAUACUAGUUGUUUUAUCCAAUAAAAAACAAAACGUAGAUGACAAUCUGAACUCUUCUUUUAAUGGAAGACCGUGUUUGCUUUUCAUUCAAUGUAAAAGUAAUUGAAUCCGAGACUUUUUCAAACAAACAAAAUACAAAGCUACUGCGUCUUAAUUAUUAUUUUUUCCAUUGUAGAUUCGUCGAAAGCUAUUAAAAGCAAAACCAAACAAUCUUUAAAACUCUAUAAUGGCAUUUUCGUUAUUUCAAAAGAGUCAAACUUCAUCAAUUUCGGAGAUUAUUAUCAUUAAAGUUGGUUCCCCACUUACCAUGUCGAUGAUAAUGAAUUCUAUCUUAUUAUAUAUCUAUAUAUAUGAUGAAAUGACCAUAAAGAACCUCAUAUAUUCAUUCCCUUGCCAUGCGUCAUAGCAAAAUAUGAAAGGAUAUUUUCAUAAUUACGUAUCUUCGAUCCCGAAGAUUCCAAAGUCCUCUCACUUGGCCUCAUCAUCAUCAUCAGUUUAUAAAAGGAGUGCACUAUGGUGUGGAGGCCACCCCAUUUUCAUAUUGAUAGGGAAAAACCCAAUAAUACUUUGAUUCAUUGGGCCACGUGACCAUAAUUUAAGUCACGGGAUCAUCUUUCAUUAUCAUUACUAUUUAGA